CGCUCCGACAAGGAAAAAUGCUCAUUGCGAAAGCAGCAGCUCAAUAUCGCUCGCAAUUGUUAUCCCCACGCGCAUUAUCUCUCUCUCAAGCAACCGCCGCCGCCUUCCACCGCUGCUACUCCACCGCGCCGAUCGGAAUGUCAACCAGUCAAAUCGUCGAGCACGUGGUGCUCUUCAAAGUCAAGCCUGACGUCGAAGCCGCGAAGGUCAACGACAUGAUCGGAAAGCUCAACGGCCUCGCUUCUCUCCCCCAGGUGGCCCACAUCGCCGCCGGCGCACUCCUCCGCGCCAGAUCCUCCUCUCUCUCCUUCACUCACAUGCUCCACUCUCGGUACCGGUCCAAAUCCGACCUCGCCGACUACUCCGCACACGCCGACCACGUGGCCGUCGUCAAGGGAUACGUCCUUCCGAUCUGCGAGGACAUCAUGGCCGUGGAUUGGAUCCCCGAUUGCUUCUCCGGCCCGAUUAAGGUGCCGGCCGGUUCCGCAAUUAGGGCUACGUUUCUGAAAUUGAAGGAAAGCGUUGGGGAAAACGAGAAAAACGAAAUCCUGAGGGUGAACAAGGGGAUUAAAGAGAAAUUCCCUUCGAUUGAACAGCUUUGCGUUGGGGAAAACUUCUCGGCGAGGGCGAAGGGGUAUUCUAUCGCUUCGAUUGCGAUUUUCCGAGGAGUGAGUGAAUUGGAGGCGUUGAAUGAGGCGAAGGAUAAGGUUGAGGAGUUUCUCGAUGACGUAUUGGCGGUGGAUUUCGCCGUUCCGGGGGAACAAUCUGCUAAUCUCUGAGGUUUCAUUGGGGAAAACUUUGCUGCUUCUGUAAUGGACUUUUCGAAUGUGUAUUUGUUACAGAAUAAUGUUGUUUCCUUAUUCCUGAUCCACCAUUGCAAGAAAUUGUAUGAUAUACUAUCAAUACAAGACUGCAAAAUUUCCAAAGUGUCUU